AUGCAGCGGAUCAGUAAGGAAGCCUAUUUCGUACUUUACGAGAUCUGCCCUGAGGGGUCCAUGCCCGCACCUUCGCGGGUCGAGCGUCUGGCGAUCCCUGAAGUUGCGGAGGUUGAGAAGUUCACGCUGGUUGCUGACGGCGAGAUGGUCACGGAGGAGGAAGCACCUGCUGCCAAACCCGUGUCAGACAAGGCCGAGAUGGACGAGCUGGGGCCGAAGCCUGCGAAGGAGCGCACGACGCUGACAACGCCUGUUACCGAGCUGCCAGACAAGGAGGAGGAGGUGAACGCUCUUCCGGAGAGGAAGCCCAUCAAGGGCAUUCCGGCCGUCGAGUUUCGGGCACGUUGCGACCUCAUUUUCGAGAAGUACGACAAGGACAAGGAUGAGGUCCUCUGCUUUGAGGAGCUUUGCAGUCUCAUGGACGCUGGAGGCCGCCGGAUCGAGGAGUAUGACGCUUAUGCCAGCCUUUGCGGAAGGCUGGGCUGCGACGCCCGAGUCGGCCUCGGCAAGAAGGACGUCUACAAACUCUUCGAGAAAGCUCCCCAGUCCGUGUGGGAGGAGGUUUACCGAUCCAUCAAUCCGCUCGCCCAGAUGGUGAAGAAGGGGGCGGAUCGGUUGCCGGACACCUUCCUCGAGCGCCCCAUAACGGAGUUCCUUUUCGAGGAUGAGGACAAGGGGAUUCAGCGUUCGGGGGUUGAGCAGGGAUGA